UUUAAUUUACUCAGGCAACAUAACUUCCCAGUUGUCAAAUUUUGCUGUGUGUUGUGCUGUUGUAUACCUACUGUGUGAUAAUGUUAUUGAAAAACCCUGGCAUCUACGAUGUAUAAUUCCUAUUGUUUCUUGUUAUGAAGACAUCAUAUUUAUUGUCACUUUUCUAAUGGAGAAUUUGGAACUAAAUACUUAAAUAAAACUAGCAAAUAGACUUUGUGAUUACUUUAAUCGUUAAAAAUGUCGAAGAAUGGCGAAGUGUCGUCUAAUCAAGGUCCGAGUCGACCAAGUAUGGCGAAACCUGAACUCAACUUAUUUGGUACAGAAAAAAGAAAAAUAUUGAAUUUUCAACUUGGUGGGCCGUCAAAUGAUAGUGCAUUCGUGCCUUUUUCUCCAAAUCCAUCGGCACAAAAAUCGCGUAUACCGUCUCGAACUAUUAGAGACGUGUUGCCCGAUAAUACAAGAGAUAGAUGUAGGAUUUACCCAUCAAUGCAGUCAUCAGGAAAAUUACAGUUAUCUGCUACUGAUAUAUAUGAUUUUACAUCAGACGAUUUACAAGAUCUUGGAGAAAUAGGCAGAGGAGCUUUUGGAGCAGUCAACAAAAUGGUCCACAGAAAGACAAAUAAAGUAAUGGCUGUGAAACGCAUUCGUUCAACAGUUGAUGAGAAGGAACAGAAACAGUUAUUAAUGGAUCUGGAAGUAGUAAUGAAGAGUAAUGAUUGUCUUUAUAUUGUACAGUUUUAUGGAGCCUUGUUUAAAGAAGGAGAUUGCUGGAUUUGUAUGGAGUUAAUGGAUACCUCAUUAGACAAAUUUUAUAAAUUCAUAUGUGAAAGGAUGCAAACGCGGAUACCAGAAAAUAUAAUGGCGCAAAUAACAUUAGCAACUGUCAAAGCAUUAAAUUAUUUGAAGGAAAAGUUAAAAAUAAUACAUAGGGAUGUAAAGCCUUCAAACAUAUUGUUGGACAGACGUGGCAAUAUAAAGCUCUGUGACUUUGGCAUAUCUGGUAAGCUUGUAGAUUCAAUAGCAAGAACACGAGACGCUGGGUGUAGACCAUACAUGGCACCUGAAAGAAUUGAUCCUGGUCGAGCUAGAGGUUAUGAUGUAAGAUCGGAUGUCUGGUCACUCGGUAUCACAUUGAUGGAAGUUGCUACAGGGUCAUUUCCAUAUCCAAGAUGGGGAUCAGUUUUUGAACAACUGCAACAAGUAGUUCAAGGAGAUCCACCACGUCUUACAAACAAAAAUAACACAUUUUCAAACAAUUUUGUCAACUUUGUUAAUACUUGCCUCAUUAAGGAAGAAACCCAGAGACCGAAGUACAAUAGAUUAUUAGAACAUCCGUUUAUUAAAGGCAUAGAUCAGAGCAGAGCAGAUGUUGCUGCAUAUGUUUGUGAAAUUCUGGAUGCGAUGGAACGAAAUGGAGUCAGUCCUUUCACUACAGACCAACCAGCUCAAGCCUGGAUAGACUAAUGUUAAAUUACACCAAUUUUUUGUAGAAGUACUUGCAAGUGUAACUUGUCAAGACCUGGUUUUGUGCACUUUCAAAUUUAAAUCGUCAUAUUUAUUACCCACAAAUGUCUCUUUUUUUUAUUGAAAACUUUUAAAAUUAGCUUGCCUAAUAAAUGGUGUCUCAACCAUUAUGAUAGAUGCAAAGUUAAAAUUAUUGUAUAUUUUAUAUAAUUUUAAUAGUAGUUUAUAAAUACUAUUAGAAAAAGUAGAAAAAUUCUUAUAUAUCUGUCUGAAAUCUUAAUUACACUAUUAUAAAAUAUUUCAUGUUUAAAGUUUGCAAUAAUGGUUAUAUGAUCUUACACUUGAAAUUCUGGGUUCCCUUUUUUUCAGUUUAAAUUUUUCUUUAAUUUCCAUUGCUAGUAGCUGUAAUUAUUUAGAUAAUUUAUAGUGUAUAAUUACAAUCAUUACAGCUACUAUAUUGAUUCAAAAAAUACCAUGAUUAUUUUUCAGCAUAUUAAAAAUAAUGUAUUAAAUGUAAUUCUGAAAUUUGAUAAUAAAUCGAAUUUUUUCAGAAGUUGUAAAAAAUGAGUGUAAAUGAUUUAAAAUGGGGACCUAGUAUUGUUUGUUACAUUAAAUUAUUUUUAGAUUGUGUUUGUGAAAUGCUUGUAGUUAAUAAACGAGAUGUGUAUAGAUGUAAUUUUGUAAUAAAUUUGUAUAUACAGACAGAUAAUAAUUAAACAUAAGUAAUUAAAUACUUAGCAACCAUUUUUAUAUGGCAGCAAUACACCUUAAAGAUUGUUCACCAAUAAAAAGAUACAUGCAAAUGAGAUUUCAAUUAUCAUGUUAUUUGGCUCACUUUACUGUUUGGUUUAGAAAUAGAAUGAAUGAAAAACAA